UUGACCAGUUGUUCACAUAAAUAAUUGAUAAGUUGUAGGUUGCCAAGUUCCUCCACCGAACGCUCUCUCUCUCUCUCUCUCUCUCUCUCUCUCAAAUCUCAAAACAUGGAGUACAGAACCUUAGAACUGAACGUAGUCUCUGCCAAAGACCUCAAAGAUGUGAACCUUUUCUCGAAGAUGGACGUGUACGUAGUGGUCUCACUCUCUGGAGACUCACACCACCACAAGCAGAAAACCAAGACCAACGUGGCCAAAGACAGUGGCACCAGCCCCUCAUGGAAUUUCCCUAUGAAAUUCACCAUAGAAGAGUAUGCAGCCCAGCAAAACCGGCUGACCCUCGAGUUCAAGCUCCGGUGUGACCGUAGCCUUGGUGACAAAGACAUCGGUGUUGUCUAUGUGCCCAUCCAAGAGCUUCUCAACUCUAAAGGAGACAAGUCCAUGACGUUCGUGUCUUACCAGGUGAGAAAGCCCUCAGGAAAACCCCAAGGUGAAUUGAACUUUUCUUACAAGUUUGGUGAGAAAGUAUCUAACGCAGCAGUGGCUCCAAAGGUCUAUGGGGAUGAGCCUGUCACUGCUUACCCUGUAGCCAAACCUGUGGUGGGGCCUAGUGCACCAUAUGGUGGUUCAUACCCUCCUCCUCCUCCUCCAGGACCAGGAUAUGGUUAUCCACCACCACCACCACCGUAUCAACAACCAUAUGGUGGGUACCCACCACCACCUCCACAAGGAUAUGGGUACCCACCUGGGCCAGGAUAUGGGUACCCACCACCAGUGCAGCAACAACAACCCCAGAAGAAGAACAAGUUUGGGAUGGGAUUAGGAGCUGGGCUGCUAGGAGGAGCGCUUGGAGGGCUAUUGAUUGGAGAUAUGGUGUCUGAUAUGGGUGAUUAUGGUGGUGGGUUUGAUGGAGGAUUUGAUGGAGGAUUUGAUGGUGGUUUUUGAUUAUUAUUGUUUUAUUUUUUUUUAAUUUAAUGUUUUUGUUAGACUUUUUUUCUUUGAUGGGUUUAUAUGUUUGCGAAGAAAAUAAUGCAUAUACUGGUUGUAUCAGGAGAUAAUUAUUAUGAAACUUUUAAAUUUUCUC